CCUCUCACAAAGAAACCUACCUUGCGAAAAAAUCACUCUCUACAAUGCUAUCAAAGCACGCACAUAUCACAAAUUGCUUGACUACUUAUUUUGCAAAACGCCUGACUGGAGAAUUUAUCAUCCUACUGGGAGCUUCACAGAUCUCGAGCACAAAGCGAACUGGCCGAGGCCAUCACCCCGAUAUAUACCCGAGUUGGGCUGCCGGCAUUCUAUGUGGCACUCGUAUUCAUUGAGAUGCGCCCCCCCCUUUAACCCCCUCGGCACUCUGUACCGGGUCGGAGUAUCGGGCGACGCAAAAGGAGUGAAGCCUUUUGUCCGUAUUACAUUCAGCCACAUCGCCAGGCAUUUCCCCCCUGGUGAAAGGCCUAUGAGGACUAAGUUUAUGGAUGUGAUCCACGAAACCGUCAAGCCGUACCUUGCCGACAAAGGUUACAACUGGGGGGUCAACAGCGAGGAACUUGAGCGCGAAUUUGUGCAUAUCCCCUUUACAGGCUCAGAGGACGAGCAGAGAUGGUUUCGCGACAACGAGCCAUCGCCUUGGGGGCCUUACAUUGCAGUUUAGGUUGUGACAAUGUAUCGAUCCUUUCCAUGACGUUAAGUUCCAACUGUUGUCGUGGUCCAAAGUGGCUGAACCAAUGCUUUGAUACUCAUCGACUCUUCGUUGCGGCCUGUUUGUAGCGGUGCUUGUCUUGUCUAAUUUAGCGAAGAUGGUAGACGAGGAGGAGGAUUUUGAAAGGCGGGGCGUCGCCAUCUGGCAGAGGAAUGGAA